AUGUUGACCUACCCUCCGGCACGCCGUGCUCUCAUUGUGGGUUGUGGACUCCAGAUGUUCCAGCAGCUUUCUGGCAUCAACACGGUCAUGUACUACAGCGCCACCAUUCUGCAGAUGUCUGGAGUACGUGAUGACAAGUUGGCCAUCUGGCUAGUGACUGUAACAGCGUUCACAAAUUUUCUGUUUACUUUGCUGGGCGUUUGGUUGGUUGAAAGGGUGGGCAGACGCAGACUUACGUUGGGAAGCAUCUUUGGUACUGUUUUGAGUCUGUGUAUCCUAUCGGUUGGCUUCCUCCUGUCAGCCCAGCAUUCUCCUCCUGUUACACUACAUCUGACGGACCCCACGACACCCAACUCCAGCUGCACAACACAUCUGUCAUGCGAGCCCUGUAUGUUGGACCCAAGCUGUGGUUACUGUUAUCAGGAAAACAGCACUGCUGUGUUUGCCUCCUCCUGUGUGCCCGUCAAUCCGGCCUCCACUGAGAGAGCAGCGUGGGGCAAGUGCUCCAACUCCACACAUAUGCCAGAUAGUGGUAUAUGGGCUUAUAAUUUUUGCCCAACAUCUUAUUCAUGGGUUGUGCUCCUGGGACUGGUGCUCUAUCUCGCAUGUUUUGCCCCAGGAAUGGGACCGAUGCCAUGGACAGUUAAUUCUGAAAUCUACCCUCUUUGGGCCAGAAGCACAGGCAAUGCUUGUUCGGCCGGAGUGAACUGGACCUUCAAUGUGCUGGUGUCUCUAACGUUCCUUCACAUGGCCCAGUACCUGACUUACUAUGGUGUAUUUUUCCUGUAUUCCACUUUGGCUCUAACUGGUUUCUUUUUCAUUUAUGGCUGCCUGCCCGAGACUAAGGGACGGCGGCUAGAAGAGAUUGAGUCCUUGUUUGAAAACCGGCUUUGCUCAUGCGGGAUCUCGGAUUCUGAUGAGGAUCGGCAGGUGGAAUACAUCCGGGUGAAAGGGUCAAACUACCAUCUAUCAGACAACGACGCAUCAGAUGUCGAAUAACUCAUGUGAAACCUCUAGGUUGGUAAACAGGAAUGAGAAGGUUUCGAUUGAGCCUCAUUCAACCCUGACGUCAGGUCUGCCCACUGUAUCGGUCAGGUUGAGCCUCUCAAGAACAGGGUUGUAGAGCACACACAAACAAACACGCAGUGCCAAGUCAGCUUUUAUAAUAUCGUCAGUAUGUUUUUGCGUCACAGUACAUGCAGAUCUACUGGCUCUUUUCUCCACUGUCGGAUGAAUAUCCUCUGCUUAUUUAUGUAAAAUGAGAUGUUAGCUGUAAAUUCAAUAAUAUGUAUGCAGAAGGAUAUAAUUUUUUUCUUAAUGUCAUGUCUAAGUGCGAACUCAAUGCAAAUUUUAUAUUAGAAAAUAACACUUAUGCACACAAAGAAAAAUAUAAGCUACACUACCAGUCAAAAGUUUGGACGCACCUACUCAUUGUUUAAUAGUAUUUUUCACAGUGAAGUCAUUAAAAUAUGAAAUAUCAUUAAUGGAAUUAUGUAGAGAUCAAAAAUAUUUAACAAAUUAAUUUUUCUAUAUAUUUCUAAUAGCAACCCAUUGCCGAUAUUACAGCUUUGCACGCUUUUGGCAUUCAAGUGUGUCUACAUUUUUUAUUAGUAGUCUACAAGUAAUCCCAACCAACUGCUUUAAGUGAUUUGAAGUAACUCCGUAAAUAUGAACAAAAAUCAAACACAAGUGAAUAAACGUCAUUUUCAUGUCCCUCUGGCCUACUCAUUAAAAUCUUUUAAGGCUUUGAAAAAGUGUAGCAAAUCACAUUGCUUGUUUGUAAUAUGCGAUCACUGUCUAGUUUUUGAAGUACAGUAGUUUAUUUUGUAAUUUGAACCUUCAUGUUUGUAGGAUUAAAGAUUAUUGACACAAAAUGUCAUAUAUAGCUUUCUGCAGUUCCCUGUGAUAGUGUAGUGUGGCCUUAUAAAAUAUUUCCCAAUUUUUACUUAAGUUUUGACAGUUUACAUCAUUACUGUGUGGUUAAGACUCAUUUCUUUUAAAAUUUUGGUCACACUUUA